AUGGCAAGCACCAACCAUGCACCGCCGUGGGUCAGCCACCAUGCCGGCCGGUUCGAGCCCUCACAAGGCGAUGUGGUUCGAGACUAUGGCCGUGUACAAAACCAGACGCAUAAGCUUUUCGGCGACAUAGAGGAAUAUCUGAAACACUUGCCCACACGGGAUGUUGGCGGCAGAGUGCUGAAGCUGUACGAGCUGCCGUUUUGCUGCAGAAGCAGGCAACUACAAAGUUUGUGCAAUGACUUGGUGCAGGCCUCUCAUUCGAAGAGAUCACCAGUCAAGUUCAUUGUGGCACCUACACACAGUGGCAAGACAGCUUGCAUCUUGCCUGCUUUUCUACAGAUGCGACGGGACAGAACCAUGACCCACUACAUAUAUCUGGCUUUUCACAAUAAUGGGAGCAAUCAUCACGAGCCACCCGUGAUUCCAGAUCGGAUGUUCAAAAAGAUGUCCGAAUCCGCUAUUGAGGAAAUUGGCUUUGCCUACCUGAUUCACUGCUUGAAACGCACGCUAUGCUCAGGAUAUGCACGGCAGAACGAUCGCUUUAAUGCCCAAGUUGCACGAAAUAUCCAACUACUUUAUGGCAGGAGGGGAUUGAGCUAUGAAACGAAACUCAACGACGAGUAUGCGGAAUUGAUCCAGGGUAUAUUGGGGGAUGGUGGGGUUAAGCUUCUGCUUCAUGUCGAUGAGCAUGGCAGAAUGGAGAAGAACCCAUUUUUUCGAAGAGGUGCCCUUGUGAGGGCAGCGGGGAAUGAAAGAGUUGCUGUGAUCGCCACGUUUACUGAAAAGCCGCCUGCGCUUAGCGUAUCUAACGUGAACAGCGAAUCCUCAGAGUGUUGUGGUGUCCCGUGCACAUUGCCCCGGCCGGACAUGGAGAUGCUCACAUCAGAGGAGUUUCAAGGCUACCCAAACAAGCAGCCCAAUCCCCUGCUGGUGCCACGUGACAUUUUGGAAAGCCAGGACACUGAAGUCUAUUUGGCAUCACUAAGGAUUUCAUUGGGAAUAGCGCUGGAAGGAGAUGGCUCGCCGCCGCGGAGUGUCGCUCUAUUUGGUGUUGUUGGUGUGAGUUUGGGCAACCUUCAUUUCCAAAAUGAGGCUGCGGUUUUCUUUAAGACGUUGAGGCACCUCCUGACAGAAACGAAUCGAGCGGCUCGGUACCGGGUCCCCUUGUCCAUGAGCAACUUCAAGGUGGAUGAUGACCAAAGAGGCCAAAGACUCCACAACCUGUCACUUUUCAUGAAGGAGCGGGUCGUUCCUCGACAGGAGUGUUUAGAGAUUGUCUCCUUAAGCGUGGGGUGUGCUGGGGUCGGACGGGUGGCACAUGUGCUUUUUGAAAAGCCAUACGAUAGUUUGAGCUGUGUGUUGGAAUAA